CCAUAUCAAAACGCAUUCGUUUUCAACCUGUCAUCACAUCGCACCAUAUCAUCCGGUCAUCGUCUUCAUCGCCUUGUUGGCACAAUAAACUCCAAAACAGCUAGCUCCAGAAUAUAUUCCCAUUCCCGUGUGAUCCGAGUUUCAUUAUUCACAAAGGUGAUCAUCUCCAUCACAUUCCAUCACAUUCAAGAUGCAUGUGUUGAAUUCAGCUUGUAUUGCUACAUCACCUUUGUUGAUUCCAGAUUCAGGGAAUUGGUGUAAAGAGCAAGUUAAUCUUUCUAAAUGUCGUCCGGCAAGGAUUUCUGCACAAUUUCAACCUGCCGUUGCUCCAGUUGGGUUUGGCUUGCAAUUACAACCUAUUGAUAAAAGAAGAAUACGGUCUGCUGUAGCAUAUGCUUCUGCUUCGGGGCAGACACAAACCGUAACCAAGCAGGCGCCAACGAUAACGAUCACCAACGCUCCUGCAUCACCGAAACUGGAUGAUGGUGGGACUGGAUUUCCACCCCGAGAUGAUGAUGGUGGUGGGGGUGGUGGAGGUGGUGGUGGAGGCAAUUGGUCAGGGGGAUUCUUUCUCUUUGGUUUUCUUGCUUUUUUAGGGUUUUUAAAGGAUAAAGAAAGCGAGGAGAAUUACCAGGACAAUCGCAGGAGAUAAGAAAAGGUUUAUAAAUUUUGAAACUUAAUUCAGGCUACAGAUUUAGUUUCUGAUGCUGUAUUCUUUCAUGACAUUAACAAUUACGUCUGCUACAUGACAAAGUUAGUCCUUGGAAUUGACUUUUCUACUUAUCGUUCUUCAAUAAAAAUUGAGAGCUGGUGUUCAUGCCUAGAAAAUUUUUCUAGCAUGUAAUUUUAA